AUGUCUGUGACGGAGUUAGAGGCGCAGAUGAUGUCUGCGGAGUCCGAUCGCCACGCGCAAGCUCGGCUCCAUCAUGACCGGCCACCGGGGCCUCCGAAGAUGAGCUUGAGCACCACUCCGAACCUAGGCCGAUGCCUGGUUUGGGAAGAGGUCCCGCUCCCGGCCGCGCUGGCUUCGCGCGAGCCACCGCGCGAUGCGCGCGAGGUGGCCUCGUUCCCCCCGGAGGCACCUCCACCCGCUCGCGGGCUAGCGGAGCAGUUGGAGACCCUUCACCACGAGGAGCCUGGGGAAGGCAUUCCCAAUGCAGUGGCGCCAGCGCCAGCGAUCAUCUUCCCCUUCACAGUCAAGCACCGAGAAGCCAUCCUCUCCGACCAGUCUUCGGAAUCCUACGUCAAGCCGUUUCUGCAGACAGCGGGCCGACAGCACGCAGGCCUCAUGACGACCAGCGAUAAGGAGCUGAUUGUUCGCAUUCAAUUGAAUCAGAUGGCUGCCAUUGGGGAGCAGAGCCAGCAGAAGCCCUAUCAGCCCCGGAGGGGACUUGGACCUCCCGACCGGGAGUUGGAUGGAGGGACAGGCGACUUUCCAUCGGCUGCUCAGGUGCCACAAGAACUUGCACCGGAGUUGCUUCCUCCAGACCCAUUUCCGUAUGCGGAUGUGCCGGGAGCCGGCUUGGAGACGGGACCUGACGCUGCAUCUAGCCAGUCCGGCGCCUGA